AUGCUCAAGCAAAACUUAGAACUUUGUCAAUUGCAGAGGAACGCUUUCUAUUGCAACGUUCUCGGGUCAACUGGUCAGGGUUUGGGGAUGGUAAUUCAGCUUAUUUCCACAGGGUCGUCAACGCUAGAAGAGCUGCAAACCAAAUCCAUUACCUUGUCAAACCUACGGGGGAGAGAGUGGAGGUCCUUGAUGAGGUUAAAGCUUACUGUGUGGAUUACUUCUCGGAUAUCUUGGGCGGUUCUUCUAACCCAAUUUCAGAGGAGCAAGCAGAACAGAUAA